AUGUCCUACUCGAAUCACUCUAGUGCCUUGUCCUUCAUCCUGGUGGGCAUCCCUGGGCUGGAGGAUGCUCAGUUCUGGAUUGCCUUCCCAUUCUGCACCAUGUACUUCGUGGCGGUGCUGGGCAACAUCACACUCCUCCUAGUGAUUAAGGCGGACGAAAGGCUGCACCUGCCCAUGUUCUACUUCCUCUCCAUGCUGGCUGCCAUUGACCUCGUGCUCACCACUUCCACCAUGCCCAAGAUCCUCAGCAUCUUCUGGUUCCACUCCCAUGAGAUUCACUUUGAGAGCUGUGUGACCCAGAUGUUCUUCAUCCACAGCUUUUCCAUAAUGGAGUCAGGGGUCCUGCUCUCCAUGGCCUUUGACCGCUACUUGGCCAUCUGCAAGCCCCUGUGCUACUCUGCCAUCCUGACUGGCCCCACCAUCGCCAAGAUGGGUUUGGCUGCUGCAGUGCGUGGCAUCGCCAUUGUGGCCCCUGUGACGUGCGUGGUGACCAGCCUGUCCUUCUGUGGCUCUCGUGUCAUUCACCACUCCUACUGCGAGCACUUGUCAGUGGUGAAACUGGCUUGUGGGGACACCCGGCUCAACAACAUCUAUGGCAUCACCUUUGCUACUAUUGUGGUGGGCUCAGACUCCAUCCUCAUCACUGUCUCCUACAUGUUAGUCCUGAGGGAAGUCACAGGCCUGUCCUCCAGAGAAGCUUAUCUGAAGUCCUUUAGCACCUGUGGCUCCCACAUCACUGUCAUCCUGCUCUUCUACACGCCCGGGCUUUUCUCCAUCUACUCUCAGCUCUGGGGCCAGAGCAUCCCCACACACCUCCACAUCCUGAUGGCUGACCUCUACCUCCUGGUGCCUCCCAUGCUCAACCCCCUCAUCUAUGGGAUAAGGACAAAGCUGAUCCGGGAGCGGGUGCUGAGUCUGCUCCUGACCCCAGCCCGUGGCUAA